GUCCAAUGGCUCGCAAUGGCGAUUCAAGUCGGACGGAGAAACGCGGAAACGCGGAACGUCGGACCGGAUAGAUAGGAAAUGUCAUCGUUAUCUCGAAUCGGGUUUCUCCGUUGGGUUUGUCCACGCGACGACUGUAGUCUUGGCUGAAACACUCUUGCCGAUUGCUGUGGUUGCUGGUCGGAAGUGGCUUUUGUGUGUGCUGGCAUCCGUUUUCGGAGGGGCCUCGAUUGCUCCUUUCUUCGUCUCUCGCCGGGGGUCUCGUCGUGUGUGACGCGUGCACGCGAUUACGCGACGCACGCACGCAUAUACGCACACGGGGAGCGCACACGGACACACGCGAUACGGAUCGGGUCGCGACGACGUGCCCAUGCAGUGACACGGCGAUGAUGGUGAUGAUGAUGACGACGAUGACGAUGGGAACGCGUUAGGUAUGUAAAGAGGAGCGGCCUCGUAUUCUGGACGAUAGCUGACCUGAACGUACGGCAACCUAACCUCCUCAUCGUGCGACAACAUGAAGUCGGGCAAUACGGACAAGCACAGGGGCACGAUCCUCUUGAAAGCGGAAGAGAACGAGCAGGUCUUCCAAUUGAUAGGGAACCGAUGCCAGUGUUUAGCGGCUGGUGUUAUACAAUUAUAUUUGACUGAGCCUCCCUUGCACAGGGACUGGGUUAAGAAGAGCACAGGUAUUAUAACUCUAAUAAGAGACAAUCCAAGACGCAGUUUCUUUUUGCGACUGUAUUGCUUGCAAAGGAAAGCAAUGUUGUGGGAACAUGAAGUCUACAAUUCGAUGGACUAUAAAGCACCAAUGUCAUAUUUUCAUACAUUUGAGGCAGAGGAUUGUAUGGCCGCGUUUAAUUUUGCGAGUGAGACCGAGGCUAUUACAUUAAGAAACAUACUUCUUGGCAAAUUAAAUGCCAAACGUCAGAGAAGGCAAGAGAGGAGAGCGAAGGAGACGCAGCCGAGCAGCACUUUUCCUUGGAAAAAUCAAAGUAGCCUGUUACCCUUCACCGUCACAUCCGGCUCCUCGACUAACUUGCUGAACGGCGCGCCCAACACGGUCGGUGUUAAUCGAAGCGCCUCGAGCAGCUCGAUGUACAAAACGAAGAAGAAAAAGAGUGAGCAGGAUCUCAAACGCAAGUUAACCAAGGACGAUAUCAGCCUUCCUUCCAAUUUCAGACACGUGGCGCACUUAGGAUGGAAUGUAAAUAACAAAGGUCUGGAAUUGGAUUCCGUGGACCCGCAAUUGCAACAGUUCUUCGAUAACGCCGGCGUGUCGGCGGACGAACUCCAGGACAAGGGUACUCGCAAAUUCAUCUACGACUUCAUCGAGAGAAACGGAGGUAUGAGUGCAGUGCAGGAGGAUAUUCGACCGUUGGCCAAUGCCAAGAGUAACAAUCAACCACCCGCAUUGCCGCAAAGACAGGAAUAUCCCCCACCUGUUCCAGCACGUACGAUACCUCAUCAAACGCGUAGCGCUCCGCCUUUACCUCCGAAUCGUCUUACCGCAUCACCAAGUGUGCCUCCUAGCCUGCCUCCGAGUGCACCCCCGAGUGCCUCGUCCACUGCUCCGCUAGUGCACAGAACAUUACCAUCAAGACCACCUCCACCCACUAUAACCUCGGCACCAACCCUGCCUCCGCCUCCACCUCCACCACCACCGGCUCCACUAGCGAGAAACAAUUCUAACGUUCCCGCGCCGCCGCCGCCACCACCUUUGCCGGAUCUGAGUAACAUCGACACUACUAUUAACACGAACGCUACUAAUAACAACAACGAGAAUUCGGUCGCCGAUCUCAGGCCAAUGCUCAUGGAAUCUAUUAGAAGCGGCACAACUUUGAGGAAAGUUAAUAAGACCGAGACGAAACCGGCACCGGUCGAGGAUUCAAGAAGCGAUUUACUACGACAGAUACGCGAGGGCAUUGAAUUGAGGCCUGUUCCGAACGAGGUGAAAUCGAACACAGCACCUACACCGCGUGGUGGCCUAGCCGACGCGUUAUCCAGAGCUCUGGCUGAACGAUCUCGUGCAAUCCACAGUGAAAGUGAGGAAUCAACUAGUGAUACCAGUGAUGAAGACGAGUGGGACGACUAAGCCCGGGUUAGUUGACAAGUUUCGAUUGCAUGACUUAGUCUGACAAAGAACUGUUACACAUCUUUAUCAUAUUUAUUCUCCGUAAUUAAUAGAGGCACACGACGAUGUUUCAGAUGAAAAUAUAACUAAAAGGCUACAAUAACAUACUACUGUGAUAAAUGUAUUAUCGAUGAAGACAUUAACGGUCUAGCCACUAUAAAACGUGUAAUGUAAAUGAUCAUGAAUUUUAAUAUCCAAAGAUGAGUGAAAAUUUACAGAGAAAAGUAUUUAAAAGGAGCCACUUAGGUAUAUCAUUGAAAAUAAAAGAAUUGCACAUGGACAGGGUAGGUAAGGGCAAAUUUAAUUUAGCCUGUUUUAUAUUUUUCAAAGAGAAAGUUAUCGAUACGUAGUAUAUAGAGCGUAACGUUAUCGAGAGGAGUACUUUUAUAAGAUCGUCUUUGUUUUUUUACAGAGACGAAUAGAACUAGUAUUCAAGAUUUUGCCCUGGUUUGCCUUGUCCGUAUUAUCUACAUUUGAAUAAAAGAGGAACAUUAUAAAUAUGUGGUAAUAAAUAUGAAUGUAUCUUUUUAGCUAUUUUACAUUUUAUUCUCAAAUUAAUUAUCCUCAUGCGUCAAUGAAUACAUACAUGGAAGGUUGAACUUUCAUAUGCGAGUUGUGACAUUUAGAUUAGGGAGCUAAAUAAUGUUCACUUUACAAUGCCGGCCGUGGUAAUAGAUAUGCAAAUGGAGUUGAAUUAAUUUUAGAUAAACAUUGUAAAAGUUAUUGACAAUGUUCCUCAAUAUCUAACAAAAUAUGAAUAUCUUUGUUUCUUUUUGGUACGUUUCUCUGCAAAAUCUACAGGUACGUGUAGAUGAGCAAUGAAAGUAGGUCGAUAUCAUCUAAAUGCGUGUUGAUCUAAUCGAUAUAUAUCCGAUAUCGGCAUUGAUCGGUUAAGUCGCUAAAAGUGCUACUUGUCACGUUUACAAUAAUAAUAUCAAGCUAUGUGAAUGUGACGAUUACCAGUGCUUAAGGCUGAGAGAAAAUCAGGAUUCGUAAUCUUGAAUAUUCAGUAUUCAAUUUAUGAAUGUGUGCCCAGUUGUUUUGGAGAAAUUAUUAACCAAUUGUUUGGUUGGAUAUUGCUUAUGUAACAAUUAUUUCAAUUGUCAGAUAAUUACUGGAUAUGCGAUUAAUGAUUUUAAGUUAUUUUUGAAUACUUGUGCUUUAUAGCUACAUGUAAAAACCGAAGUACGAGACAAAAAGAAGUUGUCGAAGGAACAAUGCGAGGCACAAGAAUAUACUUUUGCCGCUAUGGAGAAAUCCUAGUCACAAGAAAAAAUAUAUUAUUAAUUAUUAUAUUUUAUUAUAUUCUAUAUACACAAAAAUAUUACAUAAUAUGUAAACUAGAUUUCAAUAUUCUCCUUUCUCUAUUUACAUUUUUUGACUGGUAUACCAAUGUGUAUUUGAUUUACACAAAUUAGCAGACCUAAUUUGUCACUACUACUAUAUUCAAAUAACAAAAGAAUUUAUACUACUCGUUAUUUGUAACAAUAAUAAAAUAGCAAGAUAUUUAAAUUCGCGUUUGUUGUUGAGUAAGUUCUUAAUGAGACUAUAAAAUUAAAAAGAAAUUUUUAUGAAAUUGCGCAUGUACGAGGUGAGUAAUAGUGCAUUUGAAGAUGCAAGAAAUAUACAUUUUGUGUAUGCGAUUCAACAAUUUCUUAAUGACUGCAUUAUAUAUACUUGACUUAAUGUUGAAGGACAAUUUAUUAUCGGUAUUUCUUAGCAAGUAAUGUACACAAUACUCAGUCGCGAUUUCGCUAAGAAAAAUAUCAGGUUUAAGUUGUUCAAACAAUUCAACUGCAAAUUGGGCCUAAGUAUUAACAGUCCUUCAUAACGUAAUUUCAUACACAGCGCGUUCCGUUCAUCUCGAAAUUAUAUUUAUUCUACAUCAAAUUUGAAAAAAGAAUAUUUCCAUUAAAAUUAAUGCAUAUUAUUUAAGUGGCAUCCUAUAUUUUCUAGAAUAAUUAGAAUAAUUAUAGGUCGUUCAAGGAAAACUAAAAAAAUUUAUAAUAUACCAUAUAUAUAUAACAAUAUAUAGAACGCGUUACAUACGUGUCAAACGGUAACUUCCAUUUUUAUUUGAUAUCGAAUUAAAAUUAUUUCCAGAAAUCGCAAUAAAUAGCAGUAAAUAGCAUCGUGCUAAAAACGAAGAUAUAGCGUAAGAUAUCUAGAUGAUUUCGUGAUGAUUAACGAAUGAAAGUUAGUUUCAUCAACGACGAUUAGCAUUAACCGUAGUUAUUCAAUUCUGUUUUUCUCUGUUCACACUAUAUUAAAAAACAAAAAAGAGUAAAAGAAUGGAAAAUCGGAUUAAAGGUAAUGGACGUUGAUGAAACCGCUUCUAACGAGUUUAACUCAGAACUUUAACAGAGCCAUUGUCGUUUAAAAUUAAACUUGUUAUAUAGAGUUAUGCAAAUAACAUUAAACAUAUGUUAAAAAAGAAA